UCUGCCGCGCUGCAUUGUGGGACACAAACAAACUGAUGCGAUUCUACUCCCCACUCUUCACCGCUGCCCCCCCUCUCAACACUGAGAAGUGGAAGAUUCCGAGCGCCUAGGCCUGUGUGCGCGGGCACUCAGGUACACGUAGCCAAAUAGCCCGUCAACAGACGGCGCGCACCAACUCCUCGGCACCGGAGGGGUGUCCGGGGUGACCCAAACAAAAACAGUAAAGCAGAAGAGAGCGACGUAAAGUGGGCCGGGGUUCUCCCUGGCUAGGCCUGAGCUGCAUGAUAUCGCCGGCCGUGGGAGUGUGGGAGUCGCCGCCCUCGCUGUAGGCCUCACGGAGCAGAUUUAGAGCUUCGUCAUUGCAUCCUUCAAGUAACUUCCCAAUAAACUGAGAAUGGGUGUUAAGACAUUUACGCACAAUUCGCCGGCUCACAGCCAGGAGAUGCUGGGGAAACUGAAUAUGUUGCGCAAUGAUGGCCAUUUCUGCGACAUUACCAUACGAGUCCAGGACAAGAUCUUCCGUGCACAUAAAGUAGUCCUGGCAGCCUGUAGUGAAUUUUUCCGCACCAAGUUAGUGGGUCAAGCAGAAGAGAAUACACAGUGUGUUCUGGAUUUGCAUCAUGUGACUGUCACAGGAUUUAUCCCUCUCUUGGAAUAUGCCUACACUGCAACCCUGUCCAUAAAUACGGAAAACAUUAUUGAUGUUUUAGCUGCUGCAAGUUACAUGCAGAUGUUCAGUGUAGCGAGCACAUGCUCUGAAUUCAUGAAGUCUAGCAUCUUAUGGAACACCCAGCAGGAAAAGGUGUUGGACACUGGACAGGAAAACCAGAGCAACUGCAAUAAUUUCCGUGACGGCAGUCUUUCUCCAGUGUCUUCGGAAUGCAGUGUUGUAGAGAGGACCAUACCCAUUUGCCGAGAGUCCCGUCGUAAACGCAAAAGCUAUAUUGUAAUGUCACCAGAGAGUCCUUUGAAAUGCAGCACACAGACAAAUUCUCCACAGGUACUAAACCCUACACCUUCUUAUACCGAGGCACGUAAUCAGCCAGUGGACUCUUCACAUGCUUUCCCUUGGACUUUUCCUUUCGGCAUAGACCGAAGGUUACAGUCUGACAAGGUGAAGCAGAUAGAGUCUAGAACAUUAGAACUUCCUGGACCUUCUGAAGUUGGUCGGAGGGUAACGGAUUAUGUUGCCUGUGAAAGCACUAAGGUCAAUUCUCCUUUAGUAAUGGAGGAUGAUGUCCGAGUCAAAGUGGAAAGGUUAAGCGAUGAGGAAGUUCACGAGGAGGUUUCACAGCCUGUAAGUGCAUCUCAGAGCUCAAUAAGUGACCAGCAGACAGUCCCUGGAAGUGAACAAGUGCAGGAGGAUCUGCUGAUCAGUCCACAAUCGUCUUCCAUAGGUUCAAUAGAUGAGGGGGUUGGUGAAGGACUACCCACACUACAGGGCACUGCCAGCGCCAAUGUUCAUGCAGACGAUGACGACCGACUGGAGAAUGUCCAGUAUCCAUACCAGCUGUACUUAGCACCAACCACAAGCAGCACUGAGCGUCCCAGUCCAAAUGGCCCAGACAGACCUUUCCAAUGUCCUACCUGCGGUGUACGUUUCACUCGGAUCCAGAACUUAAAGCAGCACAUGCUUAUUCACUCUGGUCGGGCAGACUUGCUGGGCCUAAAGAUGCAUCGGCUGAAACACGAAGGUAAACGCUGUUUCCGGUGCCAGAUUUGUAGUGCCACAUUCACUUCCUUCGGGGAAUACAAACACCACAUGCGGGUUUCCAGGCACAUUAUCCGCAAGCCUCGGAUAUACGAGUGCAAAACAUGUGGCGCCAUGUUCACCAACUCUGGAAAUUUAAUCGUGCACCUGAGGAGCCUGAACCACGAAGCGUCAGAGCUAGCAAACUACUUCCAGAGCAGCGAUUUCCUAGUCCCGGAUUAUUUGAGCCAGGAGCAGGAAGAGGCCCUUGGGCAGUACGAGCUGGCAGAACACAGCUUUGAAAGCAACUCCUCUGUCCAAAUGCCCGUCAUUUCCCAAGUCUCCUCCACACAGAACUGUGAGAGCUCUUUUCCACUAGGAUCCCUGGGUGGCCUUGCGGAGAAAGAAGAAGAGGAGGAGGAGGAGGAACCGGAGGGAAUGGCAGAGCCUUCAAAGCCCAGCAAUAUGGAGGAGACCAGCAGAGAUGACCCCCCAAAAUCAGAGGUGGCCUCCAUUGCUGUUGAAUAGCUGGUGUCUGACCUGCAACAAUACCUGCCCUGCACCCUGACUUCAUAAAAAUGCUUUUUUUUUUUUGCUUUCUUUGGAAAGUGCCUGUGUUUGUUCAGUUAAAGAGGAAACAAAAAAGCACCUUGGGACAUUGGCAGAAUGCACACCCUGUUUUCAUCUCGUUUACUUUUAUCACUGCUUUUAAAAAAAAAAAAAAAUGUAAUGAAACUGAUGAAAGAUCCAAAUUGCUUUUCUUAAAUAACCAGGUGAACCCUAGAUCUGGAUUGCACAAGGCUUUUUGCGGAAAAUACUACAGUAACUUCACUAACGUAUCCCAACUCAUGAUUUUGACAGCAUCAUAAUCAUGCGAUGGGGAGGUGUUUUUGUUGUUUUUUUUUUGUUUUGUUUUUUUUAAGAGACAUAAUAAUGUUAAAAUUGUGUGAAUAUCUAAACUUCACUUGGGAAUUAGAUGUGCUGCAUUUUCUUUCAUUUAGCAAAUUCAGCUGAAACUGAAGUUGUGAUUAUCUAAUGUGAGUCUCCUCUGUGAGGGUCUUGAUGCACACAAAGUAUUGCCCUUGUUUAGGGAAACAAUUCCAUUUGCUGCUAGAUGGUUGGAUUCACAGAUGGGAAUAGAAUAUAUUCUUUUUCAGCAGAAAAGGGGUUAAGGUUAAUUUUGGGGGAUGCAAAACAAUCUACUUUAGUGGAGUUUUAAUUACCUUCAAGUGUGUGCACAGAAGAGCAUGAUUAUAUAACUUGAUUGAUGUGCUAAUUUUAUUUUUGUCCUUUUUAUAUAUAUAUUUUUGAGAGGGUUGAUCUUUAUUAUCACUUAAGGACUGUAGGGGCAUUCUACAUAAACUCCAGCAAUAUAUCGUUAUAUAAUACAACUAGUAUGUUAACAUAUUUUCUCCUUUGUACGAUUACCAGGCAUCCCCAACGAGGGUAUUAUGCACUAUGCAUACUGCAGGGCCACAUGAGUUUUACUGUAUCCCUGCAGAAUUCAUUUUUCAUUUGUCCUCUCUAAAAACGAGAUGUUAGUCAAUCAUCCUUCACCUGGUUAAUAUGACUACUAAGGAAAUAACAGUAUGUCACAAGCAGUUUGUACACAUGUACGUAUGUCAUUUUUAAGGCAUACAUUAUUGUGUAAAAUGAUCUUAAAUUAGCUACAAAUACAAGUCACUUGUUAUACAAAUAUGCAUCCAUUGCAUUGUACUGAGGUCUAAUUGGCUAUUGAGCCAUCAAGCAAUGGGCAGUCUUUGUCAACACUUUGUAAUAGCUUUUGAGAAAUGGUAAAAUGAUACCACUUCUUAUGUGCCCUUCAAAGCUUAAAAAUAGUUUUAUAAUGUAGGAAUUGUUUAAAACAGCUUGUCCUUAAUGGAGGAUUUUUUAACACAUUUUGUCUGAUCAUUAAAUGAUGCUUUUAUCAUUUCUGAGUCUUGAAGGGAAUUACAAUAACUGGAAGCUAGUUGAUAAUAUUUGUAUAACACUACUUUUCUUGAAGCCCUACUGUUUAGUUAAUUAGAAUCGGGGGGGGGGGGGGGUUUGGUUGCAAUUUUAUAUUUUAAAUGAACUAGGAAAUUCCCUAGGAAUAGGAUUCUGAUUAGGGAAACCCAAAAAGAGUUGACAAUCUUGUUAGAAACAAAACAUUGUAAAGUAUUAUAAUCACAUAACCAUAUUUUUUUUAAUUAAUUCUGCAUAUAAUUAUUUGAUUUUUACUUUUUGUGCUCUAAAUCAUACCCACAUACUCAUAACUGAAUGUAAAAAGUGAUAUUGACAAGUCAAGUAAGUGAUGCUGUAAAAUAUGGAUGCACUUUGCAGUUAAACUUGAAAAUAAUUUAGAGAAUAGUUGGUCGGCAUUCAUUUGCCAUAAUACAUUUUGGUAGAGAAGUGUUUGACAAACAUUAGAUUUUAAUAUGGUACCAAGGCAUCAUGGCUAGUCUCUGUUGUUUCAUAAAAUCUUGUAAAAAAUAAUAAUUACCCAGUAAGUCAUCACAGACUCUGUAAAAAUGAAUUGCCAUUAUAUACAUUAAUUAGGCUUGUUCUUCAUUCUCAAAUUCAAAUUUAAUGUCUCCUGGCCUCACUUUUUAUGCGAACAUAGCACUUUAUGGCACCAGAUAUAUAAGCAGGAGUAGCUCACUCUAGCACUUCAAUGGCCUCCAUCUGCUGCGUCUCUUACAUUCUGUUUUAGGAUAUACAAUUACAGCUGAUGUCUAGCAGUUAUAGGAGGUCUUAGACCAAAGAUUCAACCCCAAAGAGUUGCUUUUUGACUGUUUAUGACUUUCCAUAAGCUUUAAUAAUCAUUAAAGCUAACUACAUUAGGUUGUAAACAAGAACAUCGGAAAAAUUAAUUAGUAUCAUGAUGUGCCAUCCCUGUCCUUGCAAGAUUGCCUAAAAGUAGCUGGAAACAAAAAUGUAAGAUCCUUAAAGGCUCAUUUUCCUUCAAUAUAUUAUUUUAUCCAUAUGAAGAUCAGAGGCUGUACAUGGGAUUUUUCCCAUAAAAAUGUGAAAUACAAGCUUUGUCAGUUCAAAUUACAACUAAUACACAGGGUCAGGUUUGUAAUUCCUAAUAAUCCUCACUGGCUGAUAUUUACUCACAUCUAAUGCUUAUUGGCUGAUAGUUUCUUUCUGUGAACAGUAUUAGAAAUUACCUGCAAGUUAUUAAAAAUUAGUAUGAAGUGUACAACAUACUGGUAUGUUAGUAUAAAUCUAAACAGCUUUUACUUCUAAUUUUUGCAGGUAAAUAAAUGUCACUGGGUGACUGGCAGUGAGUAAAUCGUCCCUUUAACUGAAGGCUGCAAGUUAUAUUUUACUGCACAAUAAAAUGAUCCCAUCUUCCUUAGAUGUU